AUGCUUCGGAUCACCGGAUACAGCGACUGUUACUCGAUCCGUCCGGGCGAUGACAUCACGUUCUAUGUGAACUCCGAGAACGGCGAAGACUACGAGGCCAAGCUCGUCCGCCUCAUUCACGGCGACACCAACCCCGACGGGCCGGGCUACAAGGAAGAAGAGAUCGACGCGCCGUUCGACGGCACCUGCACGGGCGCAACCAGAAGAUCCACGGCGGCUCCUACGUGA